AUGCCCCCCCAAAUCACAGCGUGGGAAGACCUAACCUUCUUCCACGAGGAAGUUGACGAAACUGGUGAAUUCCGACACACAACCUUUGCAGUGCUUGACGAAGAUGACACUGCCUACUUUGGCAAGUUGAAUCUUCCCAAACACAACAUCACUUUUCUGCAACUUACAUCUGCUCUCGCUCCUAUCUCUGGCAAUGACCUUUUUCCAGAAUGGGCCCCGUGUAACAUGGAGCUCACCCAGGCUCAGGAGCCGCUUCCACCCAACACCUAUAUCAAACGCCCAAACAUUUCUCUAUACGAUAUCUUCCAAGAAUAUAAUGUCCUCAGCCUCAUUCCUAAAGGUCUACUCGAAGAAGCCCAAGCCAUGGAGAAGAUCUCUGAACACCCACACCCCAACAUUGUCUACUAUCACGGCUGCCGAGUUCGCCGUGGCCGUAUCACCGGCCUCGUCCUUGACCGCCACCCCAACACGCUGACCGACUAUCUGAAGAACAAGGUUGGGUCCAUAGACAAGGAGUCCUUCAUGCAGGCCCUCAAGUCAGCUAUUUACCAUUUACACUCUCUUGGCUGGGCCCACAACGACCUCCAUCCAGGCAACAUCCUGGUCGACGAGGACGGCAUGCCGAUCCUGAUCGACUUCGGGUCAGCCCGCGAGAUAGGUGCUAAAUUAGGGACCAGCCGAGGGACCAAAGGAUGGAUUAACAAAGAUAUGAAGGAUUAUCAUACGUCAGACAACCACCAUGAUUUGUUCGCUCUGGAGAAGAUUUGCAGCUGGUUGGAGGCCCCGAUAUUUGAUAAUUAG